UAUCAAUAUUGCUCACUCAAGUGGCACUGUUUAGUUUGGAUUUGUUCUUUGAGCUAUAAAGUUUAAAAUCAAAAAAAUGAAGCUAUUUUAUUGUGUUUUUGGAAUUAUUUUAUUGCAAUCUGUUGCGCAGAUUAAUGGACAGGAUGUAGGUCCAAGUUUUUGUACAGAUCGAGGACACUCAACUGGAGCUUUUCCACAUCCUUCCAACUGCAAUUCGUUUGUCAUUUGCAUCUUUUCUGUGCCAUUUGUUCAAGAAUGUGAAGGAGAUUCAGUUUUUGUUCAAUAUCCUCAAGAAAAUCCAGGAGAUGAUCCAUUUGGAAGAUGUGAACCAAGCUAUCCAGGAACCUGCGACUUAGUGACAACAACCACAGCUACAACAACAACAACCACAUAUGAGCCAUCAACAAAUGAGACAACGACAUAUGGACCUGAGAUUCCACGUGAUAUUUGCGAUGGAAUUUUAUUCCGUCGAAUUCCACAUCAAAAUAACUGCUAUCAAUAUUACUUCUGCAUUGCUCAAGUUCCUCACCUUGGCGAGUGUCUGGAUCAUCAAAUUUUCCAUCCAGAAUGGAACAUUUGCAUCCGUGGAAACCGUGAUCAAUGCAGGUUCUGCUUGUUUUGUUAAUUAAAGCUAUUCCUGUAAAAUUAUCCACUUGACUUUUUUUUAUUUGAACAAUAAAAUGAAAUAAUUUUUAAAUU